AUGGCUGCAGUCUCUUCAUUUCGCGUCGCCGCAUGCUUGCGGCCACCGUCCACCGCGGUCGCACCGUCUACUUUGUCAUCUGCUAAGUCCGCGUCGUUCGGCUGUGCGUCGUCGCUCUGCUCAUGCACCCCGCCCGCAGCCUCCCGCGCGGCCAAGGGAAGGCGAGCCGUCGUGACUCCUCGUGCUGACCUGGACAGUGAAACGCUCGUGGGGGUCGGCGUGGGGCUGGCGGGAAUCGCGGUGGGCAUCGGCAUUCCCGUUUUCUACGAAAUCGCCGUCAAGGGAUCGGAGAAGCGGGAGAACGACCAGCCGUGCUUCCCCUGCAAAGGCACCGGCGCUCAGUCGUGCCGGUUCUGCCAGGGCACGGGGGUGGUGGUGGUGGAGCUGGGCGGGGGCGAGAGGGAGGAGUCGGAGUGCAUCAACUGCACCGGCAAGGGCGCCAUCACCUGCACCACCUGCCAGGGCACCGGCGUGCAGCCCAGAUACCUCGACCGCAGGGAGUUCAAGGAUGACGACUAA